AUGAACUGUGGGAUGAUACAUAUAUUCCACACGAAGAGAGAUGAGAAUCUUUGUAAUGAAAAGAUUGAUCAAGAUGAAAUUGAUGCUUUACUUGAAGAAGCGGAAGAAUUUAUUGAAAAUUAUGACGAUGAACACACCAAAAAUGUUGAAGAACAGACAGAAGACAGGAGUGUUACAAGUAUUUAUGAACGAUUGAGAUGGAGAAAUGAUGAUGAUAAUUCCGAUCAAGAUCACAAUCCAAAUGAAAAAUAUCAGAAUGAUGAAGAUUUAAAUGAAAAGAUUCAAGAAAUUGAAGAAGACAUACAAAAAGACAAGGAAGAUGUCAAAUCACUUAACGAUGAAGAACAAAUCGAGGAAACCCGCGAAACAUAUGAGGAAAAUGACAAUUUAAUUGACCGAAUUCAAGAUGAAAUCAAAGAAUGUGAAAAUCAAGUCAAUGAUGUCUGCGAAUUUGGAUGA